GGAAAGAGGAGGAAGUCAGGAAGCUGCUUGGUGACAGCUAGCCGUAUCAAAGAAAAUCACUGUAGGAGAAAAAAAGGCCGGGUUGCGCUUUAUCUACACUCCUGUUUUUUGCACGGUAUAUAAGACCUAAACCGCCACCGACAUGUCGAAAAACACCGUGUCCGCCCGCUUCAGACGAGUGGACGUGGACGAAUACGACGAGAACAAAUUUGUGGACGAGGAGGACGGAGGGGAAAACCAGCUGGGUCCUGACGAGGCAGAGGUGGACUCCCUCAUCAGACAAGGAAACCUCGUGGAGGCUUUACAUGCAGUUCUGAAGAACCCUCCAAUCAACACUAAGAACCAGAAUGUCAAGGAGCGAGCUGAGGGUUUGGUGCUGAAGGUCCUCAGCGCCUUUAAAAGCAGCGACAUUGAGAAAGGAGUCCAAUCCCUGGAUAAGAACGGCGUAGACCUGCUGAUGAAAUACAUCUACAAAGGUUUCGAGAGGCCGUCAGAAAACAGCAGCGCCGUCCUGCUGCAGUGGCAUGAAAAGGCUCUGGCAGCUGGAGGAGUGGGCAGCAUCGUCAGGGUCCUCACAGCGAGGAAGACGGUCUAAAAGAAGCAGUUCUCUCCACAUCACUGACGGAUACAGGAGGACUGCAUCAGCACUGAACUGUUCAUGUAAUCUAACAGACCGCACAGGGACUGAAAAGGAAAAAACUCAGUCUUUUUAACCCCAUGUUACCUCAGUGUCCUGCUGCAUUUCAGGCUAGGCUCAAAAAGGAAGCGCAGAUCUGGGUUACACUUGGUUAUAAAAGAGGGUUUUCUUCUUUGUUUCUGUGCAUGAUCACAGCCUACUAAACCAUACUCCUCACAGGGUGCUACAGACAACUCUUCACCUCAUACGUCUGUGCUCCCCCCACUUCCAAUGACAUUUAUAUUCUCAGAACCUACAGCAGUAUUCACAGAUCCACUCCUGAAAGUUUCAGGACAGCCUGCAUCAGAACUCUGAGUUGCUUUUUCAUGUCCCUCACAGUGGGGAGUUUUCCCUGUCUGAUGGGAGGGAAAGACACUGUGGAAACACAAGAUAGCAGACACUAAAAUGACCGUUUUUAUUCGUAUAUAUCAGUGCGAUAUUAAGACAACUCCACAGUGUCAACAAAUGAGUAGAAAAGGACAGUAGUAAAGGGUAUGAAGCAGCUUCAUUACACGCAUAAAAAUUGCACUUGUCCUGUGAUUUAAACAUCAUCCGAACCUACACACUUGAAGUGAAUUUACCUGAAUAUUUUUAUCUGUUUCAAACAUCAGCUCAUCUCAGCUUGACACUGAAGUAGUACUGGAGGGUUUGCUAGGAAAAUUCCAAGUGAAAACAGGGACCUCACAGCAAAAAAAUCAGGAUAUUUUCAGGAUUUUAAUGCAUGUGUGAAAACAUCAGAAUAGAAUGCAGGGAGAGCAGAGGGGUUAAAAAAGAAACAAUUUUUUUCAACCAAAUUUAAGACUUUGCUUGAACUACAUUAGCCAAUGCAUCUCAUUCCUCAAAAUUAAUUAGAAGAAUGGAAGGAAAAUAUGCAGCAGAUUUGCCACUAGACCACCUCCGUUUCCACGAUCAAAAGCCAAAAAGAGAUGCAAGCUGCUGCUGUGCACCAAAGCUUCACACUCGUGUGCACAAACACAACCAGCAUGACUCCAGGCAGCGUGUCCUCCGCUUUCCUCCUCACAAACAGGGUUUGAUUCUCUCUAAGUUUGUUCUCCAUCACUCUCUCUGCAGCAGAGACUUCAUGAUGGAACCAAAAAUCCUGACUCUGUGUCAGUUAAUCUUCUCGUCGCCGACACGUUAGCAGCAGGAGUCGUCUGAAAAGCACAGUCACAGAUGGAGGCCGCUGGAUUUGCUCAUGGGGGUCACCGCACACCCACGGGAGACAGAGUAGACGUGAGUGGGGGGUUGGUGAAAUCUAUCCAUCCUUUCACACCGCCUGCUGCCCCAGUUAAGGAUUAUUACCCACGAUGCAUCUCCACCACCACUCAUAUUAAUCCCAUUUUACUGUAACUCACAUCCUCUGGAUGUCUGACUCACAUAAGCACCCUCUCAUACUGUACAGGCUGUCUGCUGGUACUCUUUAUACAAGCUUCGUUUUCUUCUCUACCUUCAGGUAAAUCACCCUCAGACUGAAACAAAUAGUUUUUAUUUUGAUAUUUAACAGAAAAAUAAUCUCGGAUUAAACAUCCUCCUCUUGUUUUUGUUUAAUAGUAGUAUUUUCUGCCGCAGUGCAAAAUCCCUUCUUAAUUGAAAUUAAAUUUAAAAAAGAGCAAGCAUGCUUGUCAUGCAGCAGGGACUGGAAUAAAAUAAUGAAAUGGAGAUUUCUGGAAAUAAAGGGGGAAUUUUGUGUGAUUAUAAAAGAAAUAUCAAUGCAUGAUCCCACUUUAGAGAUAAUUUCGUAAGCAUUUCAUACCUGUCUUUUGUAAGUUUUGUCUAUUCUUGAAAAAUCUAGGAUUUUUUUGUAUUGAAUUUGAGUUUAAAUAAGUUUUCAUUCAAAGAAAAUCCUCCUUUUAAAGGUUUGUCUGGCAGAUUAAAGACACACUGUUAUAACCUUUAAUUUCCUUUUCUUUAAUAAUACGAGGAGGAAAACUUGUAAAGUUUUAUCUGCCUUAUCGGGUAGAUCAUGUCUGUUGCCAAAUGCUUUAUUUUGUUUCAUGAAAAUUAUGUAAGAUAAGUUUAGGAUUUAGUUUCCCGUGUGUAUUAGAGAAUAAUUUUGAAGAUAAAGUGAUGGUGUGUGAAAAAAAAGAGUUUUAAAAGAAGAAAGCAUCUCUCCUUCUGUACAGUCUGAUAAGAGCAGUUCAGCUCAAGCGUAAUGUUUGGUUUGAGUGAAACUUCUCAGUGACUGUUGCUUUUUCUAAAACACAUCACAAGCUUUUGUUUCACUCACAUGGUUCAUCAGUUAAUAUUUAGACAUGGGCGUCCAUGUUUGAAUACUGUCAUCAGUGAUGAUGCAUCCAGACAUUAGAUCCCUUUUUCUAAUGCAGUAACGUCUUAACUUACAUGAAAACGUAGGAAAAGAACAGCUCUGUUUCUUUAUCCUCUUCUGCUUCAUGUAUUUCCAGACAGAGAUGCUCUUCUAGCCGAGAAGACGAGGGAGCAUACCAGACUGAUGUACAAACUGCCUUACUCAAUAUUCCUUUUUUAUGUUUGUGCGUUUUUGACAAAAAAAUAAAAGGUAUGAAUGCUGA